AUAGUCGUCGUGAAGAAGUCAAAUACGCUACAGCAGCAGUGAUCGACAUGCUAUGUAUGUUUCACCAUGCCGAUGUACCCUCCGAUACUGUCGCCGCUUAUUUUGGAAAGAAGUGUCAGUGCACGCACCCGGCCUCCACGUCAAAUACAGGUACGUUUCGAAUGCCAACUUGUUCAAUGAGUAAGGAAGAAAAAAAAGAUGCGACUGAACAACUCAAUUAGAAAUGAUAAGGAAGAAAGACAGAAUGCCAACUAUGAUUAAGAACAACGGAUGAGUGCUCGUGU